GUCACAACUGUCACUGCACCACAUACAAUCCCUUCAAUGUCUUCCAGACGCUCAAGAGAAGACGAUCGCGAAGAUAGCCACCGCCGGUCGAAAAAGCAUAGCCGUAGAGAUCGAACCUCUCAGUCAGACGAUGAAGAUCAUCUAAUCAAGAAAGCUAGAUCCAUGAUCAAAGAGAUCAGCAAAGACGACUACUUUAUCAAAGCAGCUGAAUUCCGCGUUUGGCUCAACGAGAAGAAGCACAAGUAUUUUAACGAGCUUUCAUCGGAAGACGCUCGGUAUUAUUUUGGCAAGUUUGUAAAAGCUUGGAAUAACUUUGAACUUGACCAAAAAUACUAUGAAGGUAUCACAUCGGCACAAUUGUCAUCACAGGACACUACGCGGUAUAAAUGGGGUUUCUCAAGGAACGUUGAUCAACAUGAACUGGAUUCCAUACGGGAUAGUGUUGACACCAUGACGAACUCACAAAAAAAAUUAAAAGAAGCUAGAGAAUCGACCAGGGAAUCUGCCAGCGAUAGCCGUAGAGUUCGAAGAAAUGUUGGACCAUCGUUGCCAUCCUCUAGUGGACGGCACCAAAGUGAUGAUGAGGAUGCAAUGGACAGGCGAGAUCGUGAGCGAGCGGAACGAAAGCGUGAAGCCAAGGGCAAGCGACAGCGAGAUGAACAUGUGUUGGAUGAAAUAGCACCAAAAGAAACAGGUCGAGAAGCACAGCUAGCCAAACGAAGGGCGCAGAACGCUUUCCACAAGAGAGAGCGUAGUCCAGAUGUUGAACUGAAUGAGUCUGAUUUAUAUGGAGAUGAUAGAUCAAGCCUUGACCACUUGAAGCGACUGGAGAAACAGAAGCAGGAAAGGUUUGCAGAACGACAGCGACAAAGAACAGCUCCCAUUCGAGACAAACUGGACACAUACCGCGCCAAAGAAGAUCAAACCAUGGCGAUGUUCCGGCAAAUGGCUGAAGAGCAGAAAAAGCGCGGCGGACUGUGAAUGCCCCCCAUAGGUUCAUUUUUUCAACCUUUUUUUUUUUUUUUUUUGACAUGCUCUUCCUGUAAUUUUUUCAUUCAUGUCGCAAUUUCUACCUCCAACGGAACUGUUGCUUCCUUCGCAUCUCGAGCACUUGUCACCCACCGAGUACCUUAGCCACCUUGUUGCAUUAGCUGAUAAAUACAGUGAAUUUACCUCUUUGCACAUUGUGCACUUCCUGUCUCG